AUGACGUCCAACCAGUAUAAUCUGGUUACCACGAUGUACUACGUAUCCUGGGGAGUAGUACUCUGCUGCCAUGCAGCUGUGACCAACCGACAGGGUCUCUAUGCGGUUCGCUUUUUCCUUGGUCUCUUCGAGGCCGGUCUGUGGCCAGGCAUGCUUGUCCAGUUAUGCUACUGGUAUAGACCGGACGAGAUUGCUCCUCGGAUAGUCCUCGUCACACUUCUAGGUAACUUUAGCACGGUUAUCAGUGGCGUGCUUGCCUUCGCAUUUAAUGGAGUUACCACUGGUGGCUUAUCUGGUUGGAAAUGGUUAGUUUUGACCGAAGGCAUCUUUACCGUUAUACUGGGGAUCAUCGUAUACUUCCUCUUACCGGAUUUUCCAUCUACGGCAUCCUGGCUAUCUGAGAGAGAACGGACUUUCGUCGAAGCCCGCCUCCCGAGUAACGCUCCGAGGGCAGCUGAAGCAAAUUUCAACCUGCGCGAACUCCUCACCACCUUGCAAAACAAGAGAAUCUGGCUCUUCCUCCUUUGUUGGGCCUUCUUUACCGUCGGUACCACGGGACUUACAUUUUACCAACCGACCGUGAUAGCAAAUCUUGGAUUUACGUGA